ACAUGACUUCCAGCUGGCUCCGGCACAUCCACGAUCACCUACAGCCGCAUCUUAACUACUAGUACUGACAGCAACGACAAAGAAUCACUAUCAUGUCUUCCGUUGAGAUUAUCAAAGACCCAGCUCAACCAGCCCGCUUGCCACGAUCAGCCUCUAAUCCCAAACCAAAGGGGAUCCUCAAGAACGCAGUUCCACAACAACCAGGGUCACAAUCGCAUAGCUUGCAAUGGGACGAAGAGAAUCUCGCGUUGACUGAGAUCCAGAAAGACAGUCUUAUGAAGAUUACGGAACCCAAGACGCCAUACGUACGGUAUAACGCUGAAACAGACCAAGUGGAGGGCGAUAUCCCAUCGCUUGACCUAGGCGGGCGCGUGCCCUCUCCAAUGGAAUAUUUGUCGUCCUCUCCACGAUCGGUAUCACCGACAGGCGCAGAUACAUCAAGGCGGUCUUCUCGCAGAACCUCUCUUAGCAGCGCGGGGCGCGCUUCAUCUGGAAGGUCAGCUAGCACUGGAUCUAGCAGGAGCACGAGCUUCAAUCUCCCGAAUGAGGCUAAAGCGGAGAUAAGAGCUGUGCAAGGCAGCCCAGGUGAAGAAGUCGAGACGGAUGAGGAGAUGGAUGAGGAAUCUGCUGCUAAGCAUGCAGCUUUCGUACGAGCUAGAGGACGGCACUAUUCCAAUGAAGCAGAGGCGAUGAAGCGGGCGGCGAAGAUGGCGGAUGAAGAAGAAGAAGAAGCAACUGAGGACUCGGCCUCAGCACUUGCGGACGGUGUCGAGGAUGUUGCAGUCAACGGCGUUCACGGUGAAUGAUGGGACGACAUAGGACGACAUAUGCAUAUGCUCUGCGUGUUUUCUGGAUGGAGUAGAUGUGGACAUGCUCACGAACUUUGAAUUCUUCCACAGGUAUAUAUUGUAUUUUUUUUACCAGAAUAUUAUCAGUCUUGAGUCCA